AUGGAGCAGUGGCUUAAGAUUUCCUUGCUAUUGUGUACUUUUGGGUUUUUCCGGGAGUUCACUCCUUCAGACCCAUUUGGAACCGAAUAUCUAUCCGGGAACUAUCGCAACAUUACCACAGACCAAGUCAACAGGGAGGUCUAUCCCUUCGGCACCUACGCCCAUCUGGCCCAAUUGAUAAUUGUGUUCCUGGUCACGGAUUUUAUACGAUACAAGCCCAUAAUUGUACUGUCCACUGUGGCAGGAAUUAUUGUGUUCGCAAUGCUGCUGUGGACGCGAUCUUUGCUGGAGCUGCAGAUCGCGCAGAUAUUCUACGGAACAGUCGUUGCGGCCGAAGUGGCCUACUACACCUAUAUAUACACAAAAGUUAGUCGCGACCGAUAUCAGAUUGUGACGGGACAUUCGCGAGCCGCCAUAUUAAGCGGACAAUUUCUAGGUGGCGUCCUGGCCCAAGUCCUCGUGUCCACUGGUUCCAUGGAUUUUCGUGGACUGCACUUUUUAUCGUUUGCGUCGCAAAUCAUUUCACUGCCAAUCGCCCUCAUGCUUCCGAGGGUGCCUCGUAGCCUGUACUUCCAUGUGGAUCCUGAAAAUGUUCAGUCGCUGCAGAUUUCUGAGCCCUCCACAAAGUCAGAUGAGGAGCCCCCCAAAUUCUCCUUCACUAAUGCUGGCCGACUGCUCCGCUCCCAUUUCAUCUCCUCCUACACCAAUCCCAUUGUUGUGGAAUGGAGUGUCUGGUGGGCUCUGGCCACCUGUGGUCAGAUCCUAGUCGUUUCCUACAUUCAGUUCCUGUGGAAGGAGGUCGCUCCCAACAAUUUCAGUGUCUACAAUGGCGGGGUCGAGGCCGUGGCCACGUUGUUGGGUGCUCUGGGCGCCAUUUCGGCCGGAAUGCUGAACAGCAACAAGCGCCGCACCCGCUAUAUGCUCUUCAACUCCACUUGCAUGGCUGUGUUGGGUGUCCUGCUGCUAGUCUCGGCCAGAACCGACGAGGUUUGGCUGACAUACAUCGGUUACGCCAUCUUCUCGGGCAUAUUCUUCUUCAUCAUUACGGUAGCUGGAGCCAUUGUGGCCGAAAAUGUCGUUGACGACAGCUUUGGCUUAGUCUUUGGAAUCAACACACUGGCGGCUCUAAUACUUCAGACGAUCCUAACAAUAGUGGUCGUGACAGACUCGGGCUUUGGCCUGAGCCUUCGUGGUCAAUACAUGGCGUACGGCUUUUACUUUCUUGGCGUAGCGGCUUUGUUUCUGUUUUUCCAAUUUCUAACGCUUUUAUUUAAAAAGUAGAGCCUAAAUCUUUAUUAAAAACAAA